GAGGUUGUUUACGUCUGUUUUUCCGCUGCACUGAGUCCAUCUUUACGAGUGUGACCUUUUUAGAGAAUCUGUUUCCUGAUCCUCAUCUUUAAGUGGCAUCUACACUUACCAGAAGAUUGUUUAAAGUGUAUAUUUUCUAAUCAGGAAGUAAUUGGACCCGUACGUGUGUUACUCCCAACAUACUGGCUAACAUUUUGGAGCCUGUCGUGUUCACUUCAUAACAGAAGUUCAAGGCUGUGUGAUUAUUUUUGUUCCCUCAGUGUGUUGUUGACACUACAAUUUGCAAGCAGUUUGGAUUUUUGAUCGUCGACUAGAGGGUUAUUACGUGGACAAGAUACAGUAAUGAACAUCGGAGAUUCUACUGGCUGGUCAAGUUGACGUGUGAAAAAUGCACUGGGAAUGGUUUCUGCAUGUAUGCCGAACAACGCAUUUGGCCAUUCAUUGAUAAACCCCGCCAUGGCGAAGUAAAUUCCUCCAACGCUUGGCUUUGCUCUGUCUUCAUAUUAUUGUUUUGACGAAUAACUGAUCGACUCGGUAUGACCUUCCAAAAGAAAAACGUCUUUUGUCUUUGCACACUGAACAUUUGUUUGAUUCUGUUCAUAGUGUCUGAAGUCGUAGGGAGUAAAACCCAAUCGACAAACUCACUCACUAAAGGCGUGGGGGAGACAGCGGAGAAGGACGGAGUGUGUGCCUCAAUCGAUGUUCGGAACAAAGUGAAAAAUUUAGAAUUACUGGAAAACUGCACAGUAAUUGAAGGCCAGUUGCACAUUCUUCUGAUUGACCAAGCCACCCACCUAGAUUAUGAAAAAUACAGCUUCCCAAAACUUGUGGAAAUUACGGAUCAUUUAUUGUUGUAUAGAGUUUAUGGAUUGCGUACCUUGCGGACUCUUUUUCCCAACCUGGCUGUGAUUAGGGGACAGAAUCUCUUCAACAAUUAUGCUUUGAUUGCUUAUGAAAUGCAAGAUUUAGAAACUCUAGGUUUGAUUGGCUUGACAACCAUCAUGCGUGGAGCAGUGCGAUUGCAAAAAAAUACAAAAUUGUGUUAUAUCGAUACAAUUGAUUGGUCAAGAAUUGCCACCUCAGUGGAUGUACAAUAUCACUACUUUGAGGAGAACAAAGAUGAACAGGAGUGUGUUAAUGUGUGUCCUGAAGGGUGCCAUGAAAACAGGUGCUGGACAUCAGAAUUUUGUCAGAAAAAUCUAAAAUGUCCAUGCACAAGCAGGUAUGGAGCUGGUUUCUGCAAUGAAGUCACUGGUGCAUGCUGUCAUGAGUACUGUGUUGGAGGAUGCAGAGGGCCGGCAAUGAAUCAAUGUAUCUCCUGUCGGAAUGUUACUUACAAUGGACAUUGUCAGCCUGCCUGUCCAGCAGAGACUUAUAUGUUUAUGAACAGGAGAUGCUUGCUUGACAGAGAAUGCAUUAACAUCAGUAGGAAGGCAGUGGCGGACCACUGGAAGAUUAUUCGCCAUGAAAACACCAAUACACCAUCCCCUGGUCUUUGUGUGGAAGAGUGCCCAAAUGGUUACAGUGUUGAUGAAAAAGAUGCAACCUUGUGCAAGAAAUGUGAAGACUACUGCCCUAAAGAGUGCUUGGGAAAGACUGUGGACAGCAUUGAGUCAGCUCAAAAACUGAAAGGCUGCACAAAGAUCAAGGGUCCUCUUGAGAUUCAAAUCAUGGGUGGAAGUAAUAUUGGGCAUGAGCUUGAAGCUAGUUUGGGACAGAUUCAGGAGGUCACCGAGUACAUCAAGAUCGUCCGUUCAUAUGCUCUGUUGUCUUUAGGAUUCUUCAAGAAUCUGCGAGUUAUUCAUGGAGACAAGAAGCAGUAUACCCACUACAGUCUUCUUAUAAUGGACAAUGCAAAUCUUCAAGAAUUAUUCCCAAAAGAAGUGUCUUCAAAUAUUUCCAUCAAAGCUGGUGAUGUUGCAUUCCACUUCAAUCGAAAACUGUGCUACCACAAAAUUACAGAUUUCCUCACGAAGAUUAAUGUCAAGUAUACAGACAGUGAUGUUAGUCCCCUUACGAAUGGAGAUCAAAUUCCUUGUUCUGUGAAAAAGAUGGAUCUUGAAGUUCGUGUAGGACCAAAUUUUGCCAUUCUCAGCUGGCAAAAGUUUAAACUGGCUGAUAGUCGUCAGCUGCUUAGCUAUGUCAUCAAUUACAGGGAAGCAAAAUCCAAGGAUGUGAACAUUUACCAAGGUCGAGAUGCUUGCAUGGAUACAACCUGGAAGACGUAUGAUGCCAACCCUGAUGACUACAAAGAUCCAGAUAACAUAGUGGAGUUGGUGUUUGGUCUGAAACCAUGGACUCAGUAUGCUGCCUAUAUCCAAACCUACUCACUUGCUACAGCCAAUGAAGCUGCUAACAGUGAACUCAUGUUCUUCACAACCCACCCGUAUAGGCCCAGUACUCCCACUGAUUUGGAGGUAUACUCUGAAGAACAGGGGGAACUACGGGUGCGUUGGAACCCACCAAAGCAUCCCAAUGGCAAUGUUACCCAUUACUUUGUCUACUGGCAACUUCAGGAACUGGAAACAGAAGCCUUUGACAAGAGAGAUUACUGUGAUAACCCCAUCCUGAUGCCAAAGAAGCGGAAGGUGAAGACCCACGAUGAGAAGACUAAGUACAUCAACCAGACAUUGACAAAGGAUGGCCAGUGUUGUCAGUGCCCUAAGUCCAAAAGAACUCUUGAGGAACAGCAGAGACAGCGUCAGCAGCAGAUAGAAUUUGAGAAUGACUUACAUGAUAGGAUAUAUACUAAAAGGCCUGAGUUGUCAAACCGUAAAAAGAGAGAUAACACCCAAGAUGAUGAACCACUGGAAAAGGAUCCAAUAACCUACAAUGUGUCUAAUAAUAAAGAAGCUAAGAAAGUGACAAUGGAUAAGAAGAAGGUGGCUCGUGAUAACAAAAAUGUGACUGGUACUGAUAGCAGUCUAUCACCCGAUGAAAGAAACGCCACGGUUGAUAGCAACUCUGAUAAUAGUACAAGACCUGUCUUCAAUCAGAUCGUUGUUUAUGGAACUGAAAUUGCGAUCCCCAAUUUGGGACAUUUUCAAGAGUACAAUAUUCAGGUAUUAGCAUGCCAAGAAUCAGACCCACACACAGGGAUGAAGUACUGCAGCAGCCGGGCUAUAGCCACAGCCAGAACACUGCCAUCAACUACAUCUGAUAAUGUGAAUGCUUCAACUGUCAAGAUAAUCAAAUCAACAAACAAAACACAAGAUAUUCUGGUUACAUGGAAAUCUCCAGAGAACCCAAAUGGCGUUAUCAUCACAUUCCAGAUAGAAUACAAGAAGAUUUCUACUGCUGAUGUUGAGCCAACCCGCAUCUGUUUCACUCAUAAGGAAUAUAGAAAAUUAGGGGGAUAUAAGUUUCAGCGACUUAACCCAGGGAAUUAUUCAUUUCGCAUCAAAGCCACAUCUCUGGCUGGGAAUGGGUCAUUCACACAACCCUUCUUCUUUGUGGUGCCUGAAAUUGAUGUGCGGACAACAAACGAAGCUGUAAUAGCUGCAGCAGUGAUUGGUGUUUUGCUUGUCAUCAUUAUCACAAUCAUUAUUGUAUGGUUUGUGGCCAAGAGCAAGUUUGCAAAGGAUCCUGAUGUGACCACAAUCUCUAUGAAUCCAGGAUAUGUUCCUUCAGCAGAUGUUUACAUAGCAGAUGAUUGGGAAGUGAGUCGGGACAAAAUCAAGCUUAUUCGAGAACUGGGCCAGGGAUCUUUUGGCAUGGUGUAUGAGGGUGUAGCCAAAGACAUUGGUGGUUGCAAUGCUGAAGUCAAGGUUGCUGUGAAGACUGUAAAUGAUAGUGCUGGGUGGCAUGAGAGGAUGAUGUUUCUCAAAGAAGCAUCUACUAUGAAAUCCUUUUCAUGCCAUCAUGUAGUGAAGUUACUUGGCGUUGUGUCCAAAGGUCAACCUGCCCUUGUCAUUAUGGAAUUGAUGGGUCAAGGUGACCUCAAGAAUUUUCUUCGGUUACAUCGACCUGAUGAUGAGGAAAACGUGGGCAGAUUACCACCAACUCUGAAACAGAUUUUGCAAAUGGCUGGAGAGAUUGCUGAUGGGAUGGCUUAUUUGGCCGACAAGAAAUUUGUACAUCGUGAUCUUGCAGCUAGGAACUGUAUGGUUGCUGAUGAUAGGACUGUGAAAAUUGGAGAUUUUGGAAUGACAAGAGACAUAUAUGAAACUGACUACUACCGGAAAGGUGGGAAAGGCCUGCUUCCAGUGCGCUGGAUGGCCCCCGAGUCACUCAAAGAUGGCAUUUUUACCACCAUGUCAGAUGUAUGGUCCUAUGGCGUUGUGUUGUGGGAAAUGGCUACCCUGGCUGCUCAGCCCUAUCAAGGACUGUCGAAUGAGGAAGUUUUAAAAUAUGUAGCUGACGGUAGAUUCAUGGAGAAACCUGAUGGCUGCCCUGAAAAGAUCUAUGAUCUGAUGUGCCAGUGUUGGAGAUACCGUUACAAAAAGCGCCCAACAUUCAAGGAAAUUAUUGAGAUGUUGGUACCUGAUCUUGAUCCAAAGUUCAAGGAUGUGUCAUAUUUCUUCAGUGAUGAAAAUAAAGUAGACUCUGGUACUGAGUACAAAAACUUACAGGCGACAGAGGACCAAGAAGAUUAUGGAAAUGUAGAAUUCAAUGAACAAUCCGAUGAUGAACUAGAUAUCAAUGAUGAGUCUCGGGUACCUUUUAUGUCGGCUGUUGAGCCCUCCAAUCUAAAUUCUGUAGAGAUGCAGAGGUCGCCCUCACGGCACCAUCAUAGGGACUCCUCCAAUACCAGUCCAUGUGAAUGUGUGGUGUUAGAGGAAAUGCCAAAUGGACAUCGAAACAGUACGUGCUCAAGUCCCAACAGUGGGGUAGGGUAUAGUGAUGGGAGCAAAGGAAGCAGUAAAAGUAGUAACAGUAGUUACACACAACUUAAUGGAAUUGCCAAUGGACACAUACAUAUGAGACUUCCAAGGACGACACCAUGCUAGCAUUGAAUGUUGUAUUGUUGAAUAAUAUAUCAUUUCAUGGGAAAAUUACUUAUUUUGCUGUACAGAAUGUAUUUGACCUACUCAUGAAGUCAUAUCAUUGUCAUCUUACCCAGUCACCCUAGUCUGAUGAUGGUGUGUGUCCCCCUGGAAACAUUGACUCUACAGGAGGGGAUUACAAAGAAAGCUGAAUUGCAAGCCUGUGUCUCAGUUGUGGGCCAACUUACAGUUGCAUGAGAUUGUGUGGCAGUGUGGAUGAUUGAGUGAAGUUCAAGGCAGCUUUCUACAGUAGUAAAGAAUCUCUCGCCAUUGUUUCAAGCGAGAUGAGAAAUGGAUUCAGAAGACCCCGUGUAGUUAAGUCAGGAUUCUGGACAACCUACAGUUGCCCUGUCAAGCUUUCAGUUCUAGACUUGUCGGCAGAAUGUAAGAUAAUGCCCUUCGGGAAUUUUGCCACAAAGAGUUACCUAUUACUAUAAAAUUAACAGCUGAGAAUGUCACUUGAGUUAUUUGAAUUGUCAUUGGAUACUGGCAAAAAUGUUAAGUUGAUUAAUGUUUAAUUAAUGAUAAUUGUUGAAAUGUUUAUUAUGUUAAUUGGAUUGGAUAAUCUAGUUAAUGUAUAGUUACAGACUGUGUGGUCAUGUCAUUUUCAUAAGAUCGGGUAAAAUGACGAAUUGUUUUGUUUUAUCCUGGUUAUAGCAUUACCUAACCAGUGGGUCUACCUCUGUAGUUUUUUCGUUAUUGAACUGUUGAUGUUCACAGCUACAAGAAAACACAUGCCUAAGUUACUUGUAUUAAAAGCUGAAUAUGUGGUGUGAAUCAUGAAUAAAGCGUGCAUGCAGUGGUAAAGCAAACACAGCUACCAAAGAUCCAAGUGACAUUGCAUCACAGUGUGCUGUCCAUCAUCAAACUAUUGUAACGUCUGCUUUCGCUGAGCUUCUGAAACUGAAAAUUGAAUGAUACCAGAAAUAUUGCUGAUGAAAGAGGCUCACCAAGGUUUUGAAAGCCAACAUUUCACAUGGCAGCAAUAUAAAACUAUUAUGUUGGCUCAUUAGUCAGAAGAUUUCCAUUAGUCAUGGCAAUUAUAUUGAAAAUACCACUUUGAUGUAUUGAACAUUGGUUAUUGUGUUGUUUACUAGCCAUUUUGCCUUUUGUAUAUUUUAAGUUAUUUCAUCUCUCAUACAAGUACUUUAAAUGGUUCUGAAAGUAUACAUACAAUAUGCAUGUGAGCUGCAGGGCCCAGAGGCUCUAUUUUAACUGACAUGAUAUAAACUGUGCAGACAUGAUGAUAGCAUGAAUGAACAUUUGUGAUAAUGGUAUGAAUUGAAACUGAUUAGCUUUUGUAUGUGUUUUUUUUUGUAUUUGUUAUUUAUGUGCAUUAUGAGUUAAUUUAUUGAACACAGACCAUUUCACACGGGCCGGCAGGAGCUGUAGCCAGAGCAUUGUGUACAUAUACCACACAUUUGCCAUUACUCUUUUUUCUUGUUCUUGUUUGCAUUUAUGAAGAAUUUUUAAGAUAUUGCUUGAAUACAUUCUUAUUGAAUAUGAAUAUUUUCGAUUGAUGUUAAAAAGUUGAGCUUUCAAAGGUAGUAUCUUUACUAAGUAAAAGUGCUUGCUGCCCAAGCCUGACUAUAUUGUCGAGCACUUUUGACUCUUUUUUACCUGCUUUUAUGUAACUUCUUAACAAAACACAAAUGAAGUCGUUUUAGAUCAUUUCAUUCAUUUCUGUUCUAUAAUUGUUCUAUCUUCUUAACGAUUUUGCUGUAUAUAUGUGACACAUUGUGUUCUCUUAACAUAUCAUGAGUUUUUAAGUACAUUGUUUCUAUAUAUAUGUCUUAUCGAUUUUAGUUCCCACACUUUAAGUAUGUAUGUCACUUUCUUUGCAAAGGUUUUCUAAAAUUUAUUUCCCUUUUAUUUUUUUCUCCGAUUUCAUAACUUGUUGACAUGUCUUGAGUUGGGGAUUCUUAAGCAUGUUAACAGUAUCAUGUCCAAAAUAUUUAACAAAGUAUAAUCAUGAUAAUAAAGUAUAACAUUAUUGUUCAAUAUUCAGAAAAAUAUGUUGGGAAGAUGAUACAAUCAAGUAAUCAGAACACAGUUAUAUCAUUUGUAACAUUUGUUAGAAAUUAAGGAGGGUGAUAUUUUUUAUAUGACUGCUAUGGUUUAAAGAAUCAUGUUUCAAAAGCCUUCUCAUAUGAGUAAAUGAAUAUUAUUAUUAAAAAUGAAUUGACCCAAGGUAGCACACUUUUCAAACAGAGUACAAAAAAGGGCUGCUCCUACCAAGUUAAAAAUUCAUUGCUUGAGAUGCCAUAAGUGAAAAAAUUUUGGCCUGUAUAACGGAUUCUGUGAUAGAAAGAGGUGCCAUGUUUUAUGUGACAUUGCCUCCGAUGCAUUCAAUAAACAUCCUCACUGACUAUUUCAAAGGAGUAGUUUUUUCUGAGUUAUCCGAAGUGUAAGAAGUUUUCUCUUUCAUUCUGCCUUCAAGUUUAUAUGCUAUUGUGCCCAUUCAACAAGAUGCUACUGAAUUGUGAGUGAUCAUAUUCACCAAGUUAACAAUGCAAAAUCACACAUUGAGACUAAGUCAUAUGUACAUAAGUAUAUACAGGUAUUUCUAUUCAAUAUCGGCUUUAUUGUGCGUGAUGUUUCAUCCAGGCCUGAUAGACCUCCAGUUUCAGUCUCUCAUUAGAAUCAUAAGUAUAAAUCAUAAGUUAUAUAUGUCAAUCCAAGCCAAGAUAUGUAAUUAGAUCAAUCGUGACUGUUCAAUAUCAUUAUCUUGUGAAGAAUGUAUUUCAUAUAUAGAUGUUCUUCCAGAGUAUGUUGUUUGAUCAUGUAGGACAUCCCUAGAUACUCUUACUUGAAAAUACAUUUGUUAUCCGUUUUGAUCAUGACCAACAUAGGAGAUAAGAGUCUUAAUGCAUGGUUGUAGUAAUACCAGAAUAAACAGGGAUUGGGUGGUCUGGCUGUGCGUUGGCAGAUGUGUAUUGGUCUUAUCCCAAUAGUGUUGGAUGGUGAUCAUACCAGUAGCCACUGUUUGGCCUCGACAGACUACAUUACUUACAGGUUGCCAUGAUAUAUGCUACUAAAAACAAGUUAAGGAUCACCUGAUCAUUUCAGGACAGAUAGACUGUAAUAGUAUGAAAGAAUUGGAUGAUCCUUCACUUGUUUUGAAUAUUGCUGGCUUUGAUGUUUAAGCAACAAACUAUCUGUUCCAAAUUUGAACUUUGUAUGACCUCAUGUAUGACAGUUUAGUACAAUUCAGUGAAGAUACUGGAACUAUUUGUAGUGUUUUAACUAAUUGCAUAUAGACAUGGAAUUAUCAGGUAACUUGUUGUUCCGCCUUAUGAGAGACUGAUGCUAGUACUGGAUACUCCCUCGUCCACUGCUUCAGUUAGACCAGGCUAGGGGGCAAUCCAAGUUCCAACUCUGUGAUUACAUUUUAGUGAUAAUUAUCAUCAUUAUUACGUCUUGUUAUCAUUUCAAUCACCCCAGAGACAUACAAGAACCAGCCAAAAUUUGUGCUUCAAAUCAAUGCAAUAUUAAUAAACAUAUCAGUCACUUAAUCUGAACCAAUUUAUGAGCUGCUUUGUCUUCCAUAGUGCAAUGAACAGUAUUCACUUUUCAUUUUCAAGAUAGUGAUUCGUGAAUCUUGUUUUUAUUUCCAUUUCAUACAUUUUCUGUCAUUCCUUCAUGACUUAAUCAUGGACUUAAUGUAAGGAAAUUAAGGAUAGAAAAUCUCAUCUCAUAGUGUUUGUCAUCUGCUCAAAUCAAAAUUGCUGACAGACAAAUAUUUCUGUUCAGAAAUGCCUACACCUCGAGUGAGUGUUCUCAUAAUUUCAUGCUAGAGAAAUUAUUAACUUCAUCAAUUUUUCAUCAAAACAAUUCUUGAGUUUGUUCACUUAUAAAGCAAACAAAAACAUGAUAAAAGAUAUUGUUUUAUUUCAGAUUAUUUUCUCAUGACAUAACCUGGUAUACUUUAAGACAUUUACUGUGAUCUUUGCCCCUUAACCUCGAUUGCUGAAGUAGGUGCUUGCUGUAUUACAUCAUCCAUGCCAGUGUUGUGUUGUAUAGUGAUGUUAUUGUACAUGCUGUAAAUUCUUAUACUGCCUUGUUGCUUGAAUAUGGCUCCCAAUUCAUGUCAAAUGGAGGUUGCCGAAAUGAGAAAGAUUUUGUAGUCUGCCUAUGUACAUACACCAAUGUAAUUAUGUGCAUAUUAAAUGUAAAUAAACUUGGAAAUACUU